GAGCUGCGUUCUCUCCUCACCUAGAUCAGCUCCAGCAUCUUCAUCUCUCGCCUUCAACGAUGUCCUCUCAAUUCGAAAAAGCUGUUGCGUACGUCCAAGGUCUGGACAAGAACGAAUCAGGCCCGGAUGCUACCAUCAAGUUGGAGUUUUACAAAUUCUACAAGCAAGCUACUGUGGGAGAUGCGGAUCCGGCCAAGCAACCCUCUAUGUUCCAAUUCGUCGAGCGUGCUAAAUGGCUGCUUGGAAUGGCAUCAAGGGAAUGUCGAAGAAGGAUGCGGAGGAGAACUACUGUGAAACAACUUAUCAAAUACCUCAAGGAGAAGCACCCCAAUGAGCCCAUCCUCAAAGAGCUCGAAGGUUAAACUAUCUGUUAUGCGACACGUGGAUAGCAUACUCGUAUUUUGUAAUUCAACCAAGAAGUGAUCGAGCUGCCACUUCACCCGAACAUAUAGGAGUAUUCAACAAGCAACCCAAAACGAGAUUGUAAUGCCCAUCAAAAA